CCCGCGGCUAUGGGCCUUGUCCGUACGUUGAGGCCUGAGCUGGCCCGCAGCGCCACCGUACGGCAGAGCGCGGCUCUGCACCGUGCGGGACCCCAUUGGCGGUGCGGAGGAUGGGGGCUGAGGGCGGUGCCAUGGUUGCCCUGGACGAGGCCCUGUGGCGGCUGGGCCGCAGCGCAUGGAGCAGCCUGGAGGGCUACGUGGGGGCCGAGCCGCUGCGCCUGCUGGCCGAGAGCCUGCUGGCUGCAGCCUGGCUGGUCGCCUCGUCCAUCUCGUCGGGGCUGGCCGUGCUGAGCAGCGCGGCGGGGGAUCUGCUGGAGGCCUGCGGCCUGCACGGGUCCUGGCUGGUGAGCAGCGCGGCGCUGAGCCCGAGCGCGGUGCAGCGGGUGCUGCUAUGGGGGCUGAUAGCGCUGCUGGGGCUCCGCCUCCUGCCCCGGCUGCUGGGCCUGCUGCUGGCCCCGCUGCGGCCCGUGCUGCGCUGCCUGCGGCUCUGCGCCUUCCUGGGAGCCUUCCUGUACGUGGCUGCGGCGGAGGGCAGCGGCCCCACGGCACGGGCGACCACGCUGCUGGGGCUGUGGGGCUUCUACGUGCUGCUGGGGGGCGGCAGGACCCCCCCGGCCGGCCCCGGGGCGCAGCUGGAGGCUGCGCUGCGCAGCCUGGAGUGGAAGGUGGAGGAGCUGCGGAGGAGGCAGCAGCGCUAUGGGGCGGCGCGGGGGCGUGCGGAGGAGUGAGGGGUGCUGGGGGGGGCCCAGCGUGUGUGUGUGUGUGUGUGCAUGUGUGUGUGCGCGCCCCCCCCCACAUCAGCGCCCCACAUCAGCGCCCCACAUCAGUGCCUUCACUAACGCCGCACCCAAGCCCUGAACCUGCUGACACCAAAGUGCCUGGGGGGUCCCAGCCUUGGUACCUCCCUCCCCGCCGUGGGAUGAGGGCUGUGUGCUUGGUUUGUUCUUGUGGAAUGGUUUGGCCACCAAAUAAAGCGUUUGAUUGCAGCCCA